UGAGCACUAAAACUUAAUUGUUUUGACUUGCAUGUCAAUAUCAAUUAAACUAUACUAAUUUUAAAUGAAUAGAAUUUGAGCAUAAUCAAGCUUAGCUAGACUUGAUGCCUUCGGGUAUAUCCGACAAAAAAACUCAUUUACCAUAAGUCUUCCAUUGCGUGUCCAUAAUAGAUCAUAGAUCUUCCAUUUCCUCCAUGGCGAUGGAGCUCUUCUCGGAGAGUCCAAGAAUCUCAUUUUCUCAUGAUCUCUCGCAAUUCGAAGUCGUCCCCAUCGAACAACGCCAACCAUAUCGAUCGAAUUCACCAUCAAACAGUACUGAUUUCGAUUUCUGUGUUCGGAAAAGCUCUGACCAAGAAUACAAUUAUUCUUCCGCAGAUGAACUUUUCUCCGACGGGAAAAUGCUCCCCACCCAAAUCAAGAAAAAGAACAAAACUUUUCCUCCAAACCAAACAAACCCAUCUCCAUCUCCAUCUCCAUCUCCUCCUGAUACUAAUUCCCACGUUAAAACAGAAAACCCAGAUAAGCUCGACAAUGGCGAAGAAGCAGGACAAAACAAACAGAGCAAUUCGAAGUCAUUUUGGAAAUUCAAGAAGAGCAGAAGCUUGAACUGUGGAAGUGGCUAUGGAAGGGGUUUGUGUCCACUUCCACUUCUAUCGAGAAGCAAUUCGACUGGGUCUGCGCCGAACUCCGCGAAGAGACCUCCAUUAAUCUCCAAAGAUACCCAAAAACAGAGCACACAAAGAACUUCUUCUUCUUCUUCAAUUAAAUCGUCACAGAAACCACCAUUGAACAAGAGUAGUUGUGUAAGUUCAUAUGGGAAUAACGGUGUUCGAGUUAAUCCAGUUCUGAAUGUUUCUUCAGGGAAUCUGUUUGGGUUAGGUUCAACCUUCUUCCAUGGAAAUAAGGAGAGGAGCAAGAAGAAGUGAUUUGUGUGUUUCGGAGUGGACAAGAUUGACAAUUGACAGGUUAGCGAUUGCUUUCAUGCUUGUCACAUUCUGUCUUUUUUAGGGCAACAGAUGCUGUAUAGUGUUUUGAUCUUCUUCUUCUUCUUUUUUGAAUUGUUAAUUAAUCUCUAUUAAGAGAGUUCUUCAUUGGUUUUUUAUGAUUCUAUUUUGUUUGUGCUGGAAAAUAUUAAUUAUUUUAAUGAAUUAU